AAAUAAAUAUAUAUUUAAAAAAAAUAUAUUUUCUUGAUCAAAACCAUACAAACACUAUUCAAUUCGAUCAACAAAUCAAUUCCCCAAAUUAUCCUUCUGAGAUUUCUAGGGUUUCUGGUUUCAUCUCUCUCUCUCUCUCCCCCCUGCUGCGAUUCGUCAAUCAUCGAUUUUGGGAUUUUUCACAUCUUGACUUCUCGGUUCAUCGUCUCCGCAAUCUGCACAACAAAGGUGAUAGUAGGAUAGGAUACAUUUAAAAUUGGAGUACAGGAUUGAAUGGGGUGAACCUUUUGAUUUUCUUUGAAUUUGGGUUUUUGGGUUUGGGUUUGGAUAGAUUUGAUCAGUUGUUUGGAGUGUGAUGUGAUUAUGAGGAAGAAGAGGAAAGGGAGUGAUAUUUUAUACCCAAAUCAAGACCAGGGAAUUUUAGAAUCAACCAGUGAUUCGCGAUCACAGUUAUCGAAUUUAAAGUCCCAUUAUUCUUUGGAAGAUUAUGCAAGAUUGAGGAAGAGGUGCAAGGAAGAUGUGGUGGGUAAUGAGCAUGUUGGGUCAUGUACAAAUAGGCUUGUGGGUAUUGCUGCCACAGCUCCACCUUGUGGAACCUCAUCAUUGGUUUUACCAGGAAGGGGCUUGAAGAGGAAGAUUGGGUGUAUUGAUGUGGCCACUCAAACGGGCAGGAAGAAUAAGAUUGAGGAUGAUUAUAUUGUAGGUACUACAAUUGGAAAAGGGAAGUUUGGGUCAGUUUGGCUGUGUCAGAGUAGGGCUACCGGAGUGGAAUUCGCUUGUAAGACUCUGUGUAAGGGGGAGGAGACAGUUCACCGUGAGGUGGAGAUUAUGCAGCAUUUGUCUGGCCAUCCGGGUGUUGUAACAUUGGAGGCAGUGUAUGAGGAUUCAGAAUGUUUUCAUCUUGUGAUGGAGUUGUGUUCGGGCGGACGGUUGAUUGAUCAGAUGAUCAAGGAGGUUCAAUAUUCUGAACAUCGGGCUGCUAAUAUAUUCAAGGAAUUAAUGCUGGUGAUUAAGUAUUGUCAUGAGAUGGGAGUUGUACACAGGGAUAUAAAGCCUGAGAAUAUUCUUCUCACAACUUCAGGGAAGAUAAAGCUUGCAGAUUUUGGUUUAGCCAUGAGGGUUGCAAAUGGUCAGAGAUUGACUGGUUUAGCUGGGAGCCCCGCUUAUGUUGCCCCAGAAGUUCUGUUAGGCAAUUAUUCAGAGAAAGUCGAUAUUUGGAGUGCCGGUAUCCUGCUAUAUGCUCUCUUGACUGGUGUUCUUCCCUUUCAAGGAGACUCAUUAGAAGCGGUUUUUGAGGCAAUCAAGAAUGUGAAGCUAGAUUUCCACAGUGGGAUAUGGGAGUCUGUAUCUAAACCUGCACGGAAUCUGAUUGAACGCAUUCUUACAAGGGAUGUUGCAACAAGGAUAACAGCGGAGGAAGUGCUAAGCCAUCCAUGGAUCUUGUUCUACACUGAGCGCACAUUAAGGACACUAUCUAUCAAAUCAAAAUCAAAAUCUCACUCAGCACCACCUUCCCAGCUAUUAGCCACAACCAGACUGGACAACAAUGAAUGUAGGACACUCUAUGGUUCUAUCAGCAAGGGUGCAAGUCCAGCGUCAUUGCCCGGAAGUUUCGAUUGCAAGACAGAAGAGCACGAUGACUGUGGUUUGGUCGAUGCACUUGCGGUAGCGAUUUCAAAUGUGAGGAUUUCUGAACCAAAGAGGAGCAGGAUUUGCGUUCCAACGAGCCCUAUACGUGAGCAGUGUUCAUCUAACAUGAAGGCUAACAAUCUCUGCAAAGCGUUUUGAUUUUGACACAUAGAUAGCUUACCAACCAACUUCACUGCCAUUUUCCCUCCUCACCCCUCUUUUUGAAUGGGGAUCCGAAUUAACCUGACCUGCUGGCAAGCAUGUUACCAGUAACAAAAUGGUGGCCCUAGAAUUUAAGGAUUGAGACUGAGAAUUGUCAGAGUGCUUGUUUGAUGUAACAUUAGUUCUUAUUGACCUGGCAAUGCCCCUAACCUGAUACUAACGAAUAAACUGAUGUACAGGCUAUGUAAAUAGUGUUGGUGAUUAUAUCACCAGUUUGUUGCAUUGCUAUAUUUAAAUACCAUGCUUCCCUACAUCAUGGACCUCUC